UCCAGCGUCUGAGCGGUCCUGUCCAGGCGCGUCCCCGCGGUGCCUCCCGAGCGGCUGUGUGUGAGGGGAUGAGACAGCGCGAGGCACGGGGAGACAGGCUGUGACAGGAGCCGCGUACACCGCCCGCACUGAGAGAGAGAGAGAGAGAGAGAGAGAGAGAGAGAGAGAGAGAAAGAAAGAGAGAGAAAGAAAGAGAGAGAGAGCGCUCCCUGCUCUGAGACAGACACACAGAGAGACUGUGACUGCUCGCCCGCCAGCCGGGUACUGUGCCCGUUAUUCUGCUGCACUGAGGGAGGGGGAGCCACCCCACGGCCCCCCUGGACAGACACCAUGAGCUGGGGCACGGAGCUAUGGGAUCAGUUUGAUAACUUAGAGAAACACACACAGUGGGGCAUUGAAGUGCUGGAGAAAUAUAUAAAGUUCGUUAAGGAGAGAACAGAGAUCGAAAUCGGUUAUGCAAAACAGCUCCGGAAUCUUUCCAAAAAGUAUCAGACCAAGAAGAACUCCAAAGAAGAGGAAGAGUCUAAAUACACAUCAUGCAAAGCCUUUCAGACCACCCUGAAUGAAAUGAACGACUACGCUGGGCAACAUGAGGUCAUUUCUGAGAACAUGACAUCACAAAUAACGGCAGAGCUAACACGCUUUGUGCAGGAGCUUAAACAGGAGAGAAAAUCGCACUUCCAUGAAGGACGCAAGGCACAGCAGCACAUCGAGACAUGCUGGAAGCAGCUGGAAGCAAGUAAACGACGGUUUGAGAGGGAUUGCAAAGAGGCAGAGCGAGCGCAGCAAUACUUUGAGAGAAUGGAUGCUGAUAUUAAUGUGACAAAGGCUGAUGUUGAAAAGGCGCGACAGCAAGCCCAGAUACGUCACCAAAUGUCAGAUGACAGCAAAGGGGAAUACUCCUCAGUAUUACAAAAAUUUAACCGGGAGCAGAAUGAUCACUACUACACCCAUAUUCCAGGCAUUUUUCAGAAACUGCAAGACAUGGAAGAAAGGAGGAUAGGGCGGAUGUCGGAUUCCUUGAAAACAUAUGCAGAAAUUGAUCGGCAGGUGGUCCCAAUCAUAGGAAAAUGUCUUGACGGCAUAACGAAAUCUGCAGAAUCGAUCAAUGGGAAGCAGGACUCCCAGAUGGUCAUAGAAUCUUUUAAAUCUGGGUUUGAGCCUCCUGGUGAUGUCGACUUUGAGGAUUUUACUCAAUCCAUGAAGAGGACGGUAUCCGAUAACAGCCUGACUAACACCAAGGCGGAUGGGAAAUCCGAUGCAAAGGUUCCCAGCAAAUCUCGUGGCAAACUGUGGCCCUUCAUCAAAAAGAACAAGCUUAUGUCCCUUCUAACAUCCCCUCAUCAGCCCCCUCCUCCUCCCCCUGCCUCCGCCUCACCCUCUGCUGUUCCAAAUGGCCCUCAGUCUCCCAAGCAGCAAAAGGAACCCCUCUCCCAUCGUUUCAACGACUUCAUGACCUCCAAACCCAAAAUCCACUGCUUCCGAAGUCUAAAGCGUGGGACUCAGUUUGAUUCUUAUCACAAAGGGAUGAUGAAGAGGACUUUAGGGAAGCCGACCUGUGCCUUUGAGGCUAGGGAAUAUGUUCUUUCUCUGAAGCUGUGUUUUGGUUUCCACCAGGGGGCCACUCCUGAGGACUUCAGCAACCUCCCUCCAGAGCAAAGGCGAAAGAAACUACAACAAAAGGUGGAUGAGCUUAACAAAGAUAUCCAGAAAGAGAUUGACCAGAGAGAUGCCUUAACGAAAAUGAAAGAUGUGUACACGAAAAACCCACAGAUGGGAGACGCUGCCAGUGUGGGUCAGAAACUGGCAGAAAUUGGACACAACAUUGAAAAAUUGCGUUUUGAGGUUCAGAAAUUCGAGGGCUGGCUGGCAGAAGUAGAAGGAAGGCUUCCUGUGCGGAACGAUAACUCUCGCCGGCAGAGUGGGCUCUAUGAAACCCAAAACACAACAACGGCUAAUAACUGUGCUCAAGACCGAGAGAGCAGCCCAGAUGGCAGUUACACGGAAGAUCAGAGCCAGGAGACAGAAGUGAAGGUCACCCCCACAGAGUUCGAUGACGAUUUUGAUGAUGAGGAGCCCCUUCCUACGAUAGGAACGUGUAAAGCCCUGUAUCCCUUCAGUGGUGAAAAUGAAGGAACCAUAUCUGUAGCAGAAGGUGAAGUAUUGAACGUCAUUGAAGAAGACAAAGGUGAUGGCUGGACGCGAAUCCGUAGGAACGAAGAUGAGGAGGGUUACGUUCCAACAUCCUAUAUUGAAGUUUAUUUGGACAGAAAUGCCAAAGAUUCCUAAAGGUGUGCUGGUGCAAGGACUUUCGGGGCGAGCUAUAUAGAGAAGGAUUGUGUACACCCCACACGCAGUCCCAAAUCAACAAUCUGACUCUCUCAUGCAGAAAAGAGCACUUAAGUUAGUUAAAUGAACCUGUCCAAAUCGCACUUUUACCACCAGCCUCCACUUUCCACCACUCUCUCCAUGCUCCUGACAUGCAACUUAUACAUGUUACGCAGGUUCUCUAAACACCAUAAUUGGUGACAUCCCACUUGGGUCAAAUAGCCUUAAAUAUACCUUGAACUAUUAUCUUCAUUUAGCAGAUCUCAGAAUGAAAUUAGUUAUUUAACCAUGUGUUGUUAUUAUUUUAUAUUUAUUUGUCACAUAGUUAUUAAUUACCACAUUCAUUAAAUAAAAUAACUCAAAUAGUAUAUAAAGUUUGAUAUUGUAAAGUUCAUAAUAACUUUUAUAUACUGUUCUAUUGUAAUAUCAUUAUAAAAUUACAAAUUAAAUCUAAAAGUAGUAAGGGCUGAAUUAGAAUACAAUUAUUGUAUGAUUGAUGCUCUAUUUUCUGAAAACUGUGUAGCUCAUAUAAUAUUUUACCAGCUCCAUUAAAAUAUAUGUUAUGAAAGUAUUAAGGUACACAGAAAGAGGUUUAUGAACAAGUUUUUAAAGUUUGCAACUUACUCCAAUAUUCAGUUGUUAUUGCCCUUUUUAUUUUAGGUUUUUAUUCUAUUGUCCAUUCUAUUAAUUAGAAGGUAACCCCCUAAGAGUGAAAAUAAUUAUUUGGAGCUGUUUGAAACCUACACACAGGUAUGUGUAAAAACAUGCCGACAAUAUGCAUAAGUGUUUGGGCAUUCUGGACAAGAUUGAGAUAAUUUAUCUUGGAGCUUGUCUAGCUUUCAACUUGUUGGACAGGACGGUGAUUUUUAGCAAGCUGGUUUCCUAGCAGAGCUAAUAGUAGACUUCCCCUUGCUUUAGAGAGGAGAGAACCUGUGCAACACUGCUUUUCCCGUUCCCAUGCUUUCUCCAUACCUGCCACCUCUCACAUGACUUGUCCCAUGCAUUACCUCUUGAUUUGUCACUGUCUGGUUUGAACUCUUAAGUGCCCUUUCACACCUGGUCACUCUUUGUUCUGCGUGCAUGCUCGCCCUGUCUCCUUGCCUAUGCUCACCUCAGGGUCACCGUAAAUUAUUUUGGGUUUCUAAUCCUCCUACUGCAUGAACGCCACAUGCAUCACCAUCUUCCAGUACAUGCUUCUAAGAAAGGGUUGGGUGGUGGCAGUGGUUUCAAGAGAAGACACUUCUACUUCCCUGGUGGACACCAUUCCUUAGCUAGCAGACUACCACCCUCUUGCCUUCAUCUGGAUAAUGGUUUCUUAAACAUAGUUUUUCACUAGACUUAACAAGUUUCUCACAUAUCAGACCUCAGCAAUUUUAGUCAUUGGAGACUGGGCAGAACCACAACUCAACAGAAGAAACCAUACCACUUGUUUACAUCUCAAUGGACACUCAGAAGAUGCAUUGCAAGGCCAACUGCUGCAUAUGGAGCAAAGGCAUCUCAGAGUUUCAUAAAGUCCUGGAACGAUCAUCGUUGCAUAUCUAAUGAGCAAGUCAAGAUCCCCCCCAAAAAAAUCAAAAUAGGUAGUCUUCAUCAACGUAAUGUUCAUAUGCAAUUCAGCAACUAUAAGCAAGGACUUGUACUCCGUUCAAAACAUAGAGUUAUGUAUGUUCACGUAUGUGUAGUUUUUUCCUCUGACCCUUUGUCCAAUUUUUAUAAAACACCGUGGCUCAGUUAGGUGCAGAGUGUCUGCUAGUCAACAUUUUAUGUUUGUUUGUUUUUUUCACCUUCCGGAGAUCCUAAAACCCCGAGCAGCACCUGUUUUAAAAGAGUGACUAGUGUUUUGUGUGUUCACGUGGCAAACAAAUGUAAUUUCUAGAGCUUCUUGUAGACUUAGUCUUGAUGGACAGUAUAUUAUUGUCAGCACUGGUGGCACUCCCACAGUUACAUUGCUAUUCAUGUUAUUCAACUUACCAAGAAGCCUAUUUCAUGGAUCUUACAUCUGCUUCCUCUGAGAUCAUCUUCAGUGCUAAAAAUUCCGAUACAAAAAACCCACACUUUCAUUAUCAGGAGAUAAAGUCCCAUAACUGUUUUGCGCUCAGCCCAAGUUAGCAGAAAAGAAAAAAUUUAAAUAAGAAUAUAUAAAUGUAAAUAUAAGGAAAGAUAUUCCCUUGCCAAAGCUGUUACGUUCAUGUUUUCCAAGAUAAACUGCAAAUUUUUAUGCACUAUUGUUUUUAUUCAUGGUCUACCCGACUAUUUGUUUUUGCUUUCCUUGCUUGAAGUGUUUUAGAGAUUUAAAGAGAAAAAUACUGCCAAAUUGUACAGUUCUAUUUUAAACUAAAAUAUAUUAAGCACCUUUCACUCCCUACAAUUUUGUUUUUGCUGGUUUUAAACACCUAUUUGAUGCAAAGUUAAUCACUCAAUUUCUGCAAAGUCUGUAAUGUUUAGUAUUUUUGUGCCAACCAAGAGAACAAGAUCUGCAUCACAAGGUAGAUCUGAGCCUCACUGUGUUAGCAGAGAAGCUUAUAGGCCAGGGGUUCACAGCUCGGGUCUAAUGGGCACAACAAGCUCAUGGGUUGUAAUUUCUAACAGUUACUGUAUUAAAUUUCCUUUUAUUAGAUCAUAGAGCCACACGAUUGUGUAGGCCUGCCUGAAGCCUAUAAAGGACACAAGCUGUUUUCCUCUGUUGCAAACAGAAAGAACACAGAUAAGCUUUGAGAACCCAUUGCCAUAAGCAUGAUACAGUUUGCCAUUCAGUUCUGAGAACUGCAGUACUGCUAGAAAAUAAACUAAUAUGCCAAAUUUGUGUUGGCUUCCACCA